GAGAUCCAAGAUAUCAACGUAAUCAUAGCCACAGUGCUUCAUCUGGGUAACAUUGAAUUUGAAGAGACUGACAAUGAUUGUGUUGUCAUUAAAGAUGAGAUUGUUGUACAUAAUGCUGCCACUGGGGCUUGGCCACAUCUAACCAUUGGGCCUUGGUCCCAUGAUGAUAAUUUUAACAAUCAAACAAUAACUUAUAUAACUCAUUCAUAUAUAUUUAUGGUGGGUUUUUCUCUUCCUCUUUCAGGACAAGUCAUUCAGCUCUCCAAGAACAAAAUUCAAGCAGAAGAUGAAAGGGAUGCUGUAGCUAAAGCUUUGUAUGAAAGAAUGUUUGGCUGGCUUGUCAUCAAAAUUAAUGAAUCACUCAAGGCUGAGAAAUACAGUAACUUGCCAAGCAUUGGGAUCUUGGAUAUCUGUGGAUUUGAGGAUCUGCGCUUGAACAGCUUUGAGCAACUCUGCAUCAACUUGAUGAAUGAACAGCUGCAGAACUUCAUGAACAAGAGGAUUAUAGAGGAUGAUAUGGAGCUGUAUCGUAGUGAGAAAGUGGAGAUUGGGGAUGUGGAUACUGACAGCAUUAACAAUGACAAGCUUCUGAGAUUAUUCAUGGACGAGAAAUCUGGCAUCCUCAAAAUGAUCGAUGAAGACACAAAGAGUGGUUUCAGCACUGAUGAGAGGACUGUGGCCAAACUAACAGAUCAGUUUGGAGAUAGUGGGAUUUUCAUCCCAGCCACAGCAAAUUUGGAGUUCAGUAUUAGACACUUUGCUGGCAAGGUGACCUACAGUGGACAGUCAUUUCUGAAGAAGAACAUGGACACAUUGAGCAAGGAUAUGAUGGACUGUCUGAAGUCCAGUCAGAGCACGCUCAUCCAGGACUUGUUUUCUGUUCCUGAGACCAUGACAGGCUCUAUCUCCAU